CGUGAGCACAACCAGACAUGGCUGGGAAUCCCAGCUGCCUGUUUGGGAGACAUCGGGGAAAGACACGCCUGGGAGGGAUCCACGCACAUUAUAAUUAACAGGAGUCAACGCCGAGGAGGGCUUACAGUGACAUGGGUGAUAUCAGAAGCUGUGCAUCCUGGAGAGAUAACACAGGAGCAUUGCCUGAGCCGCUCAGCAGAAAAUGACCCAGAGGAAUGGAAACAGAGGGGCAAGUGAUUGCUGCCUCCGCAUGGAGACCACCAAGGCACCAAAGGGGGAAAACGGUGUGGAUCAUGAGAAACUCGGGGAGGCCGUGGACUAUGACUGUGAAGAGGGGGGAAAGGGCCAUGACCCCCGAGACGCCAUGCCAGCGCCAGGGGCAGUCACAGCCCCGGAUGGGGGUUGGGGCUGGGUGGUGCUGGUUGCCACCAUCAUGGUCCUGGCUUUGACCCUCGCUUUCCCCUCCUGCAUAGGAAUCUUCUACACAGACUUGCAGAAUGAGUUUCAUGCCAGCAACAGCGAGACCUCCUGGGUGCCUUCUAUCAUGACGUCAGUGCUUCACGCUGGAGGUCCCCUUUGCAGUGUGUUGGUGGAGAGAUUUGGUUGCCGAGCGACGGUCAUGUUGGGCGGAGUCCUGAGUGGAGCCGGAAUGGCUGCUAGUUCGUUCACCCAAUCCAUCGCCCAACUCUACAUCACAGCUGGCAUUAUUACAGGGCUGGGCUUCUGCUUUAGCUUCCAACCAGCAGUGACAAUACUUGGACACUACUUUGUGCGUCGACGUACAUUUGCCAACGCCAUGUCCUCCACAGGCACCGCCCUGGGCCUGUGCACCCUGCCUUUCCUGGGUAACUACCUCCACACAGAGCUGGGUUGGCGGGGAAGCUUUCUAGUUUUAGGAGCCAUCCUCCUCAACUGCUGCGUGUGCGGCGCGGUCAUGAGGCCGCUCGCAUCCCAGAAGCGUCGAGGCGAGCCUCUGAUGAACCAUGAACCCCCCAAGCUGCAGGAGGAGGACAAUGGGAGGAAGCUGAAGGGGAGGAUCAGGACAUUGUGGAGGUGCCUGGUGGCUGCCCUGAGCAAACAUAUGGCUUUUGACCAGUUCUGUAAGAACUCACGUUACCGAGUGUAUGCUCUAAGCAUCGCCUGGAUGAUGCUUGGGUUCGUGGUGCCUUUGGUGUAUCUGGUGCCCUACGCCACAGCCCACAACAUGGAGCAGGGCCAGGCUGCGAUGCUGCUCUCCAUCCUGGGCAUCGUCAACAUCGUGGUGCGGCCACCUGUCGGCAUCCUCUUCAACUUGCCCUGGUUCAAAGGCCGACAUGUUUAUGUGUUCGCUGGAGCUCUCCUGGUCAACGGGCUUAGUAAUAGUAUCUGCUGCAUCGGGCCCAGCUUCCCUGUAUUGCUGUGCUACGUGGUGACUUACGGGCUGUCCAUGAGUGUGGUGGGGUCUCUGAUGUUCACUGUCUUCAUGGAUACUGUGGAGAUGAGCCGCUUCCCCUCAGCUCUGGGCCUGCUCGCCAUCAUGGAGAGCGUCACGCUGCUCAUUGGGCCUCCACUGGCAGGAGUCCUGAUUGACAGAACAGGCCAGUACUUCCAUGUAUUCUUGGCCUGCAGUGUCGUCGUUGUCUCUUCUGCCCUGUUCCUCAUGGUGUCCUUUUACUGGCUGGGCAAAAGGGACAAGAGGGCGGCAAAGCAGGCUCAGUUGUCCACUUUGACUGACCCAACGAGACCUGCUGUGGACGCAGGCCCACGGUGUGAGUACAGCAGUGUGCCAACAGAGGGAGACAAAGACAAGAGCUCAGACUGUGGGGCUGAGUACAUCACCAGCCUCUGAGCCUCUGGCUGCUGUACGGCGCCGUCGACACACAUCGCACUCGGCUCAAACAGUUUCUGCGGACAAUUCCUAACAUUUGUGUUAACUUGCUCGGUGCAUUGGACAGGUGGCAGAGUUAAUACAAUCGUAGGCAAGAAUUCAAUUCAAUUUUUUUCACAUCAAAGCUGCACAACUUUCUGAACUGUCACAUCUGCCUCACCAAACAGGUUAAAACAAAUGUGUGGAGCUAAUUUGGUGCCAAAACCUAACAAACAAAACAUGUUUUACAAAUGCCCUACAAUUCAUGCACAAUACAUACACAAUGUGCCUAUCAAAGAAAUACAGCACAGAUUUUUAAUAUAACACAAAUACAGCAUGCAUACGAGCCAUAAGCAACAGCAGGUGGUGCUCUUGGUCGAUUUAAAAGGCCCAAAUGGCUGUGCAGGGAGGUCAAUCAGACCAGAGCAGCUAUACAGGGUGUCCAUAAAGUCUCUUUACAAUUUAACAAAUUUAUCACAAAAGCAAAUGAAUAGAAAAAUCUGUGGAAAUUAUUACAAAAUGAGGAGUAGAUAUUGAAGUUUUUUUUGCCUCAUU